AUCCAGGAAAAUCACAUUCCGUUCUUUUAGCGGCAAGGUUGCGAGGGUGUUACAGAGAGAAUAAUUUGAAUGCACAGCUUGCAGAACCGACCUUGAGGGGAUUCCCAGCUUGCUCUGGCUGUUGUUGCUGAACUCAGUCCUUGAGACAGACAUACAGCCUCGUCUGGGCUUAUUCAAUGGCACAAGAUACUUCUGCUGUUGAUUCACAUCACAGGCGGCCUGGGCUAUUGAAAGAUCAAGUUUUCUUGGUUAAAAGGAAAGACUCUGAUCGCUAUGAGAUUGCUCCAAUCCAAGAUCAACUAUCAUUUGAGAAGGGUUUUUUUGUAGUAAUCCGCGCAUGCCAGUUGUUGUCCCAAAAUAAUGAUGGAAUAAUAUUGGUAGGAUUGGCUGGUCCUUCAGGCGCUGGGAAGACUGUAUUCACUGACAAAAUAGUCAGUUUCAUGCCCAGCAUUGCAGUCAUUUCGAUGGACAAUUACAAUGAUUCUAGUCGAAUUAUUGAUGGAAAUUUUGAUGAUCCACGCUUGACGGACUAUGACACAUUGCUUCAGAAUCUUCAAGAUUUAAAGGCUGGAAAGUCAGCUGAGGUUCCAAUCUAUGAUUUCAAGUCCAGUUCUCGUAUAGGAUACAGGACAGUCGAAGUCCCAAGCUCCCGAAUUGUGAUCUUAGAGGGUAUCUAUGCUUUGAGUGAGAAGUUGCGACCACUACUGGACCUUCGUAUAUCUGUUACAGGUGGAAUUCAUUUUGACCUUGUCAAACGAGUUAUACGUGACAUUCAACGUGCUGGUCAACAACCUGCAGAAAUCAUUCAUCAAAUAUCUGAGACGGUAUUUCCAAUGUACAAGGUCUUUAUUGAGCAAGAUCUGCAGACAGCACAUAUCAAAAUAACCAACAAGUUCAAUCCAUUUACUGGGUUCCGGAGUCCUACUUACAUAUUGAAAUCAGCAAGGGAUGUGACAGUUGAACAAAUUAAAGGUGUUUUCUUUGAAGAUUUUAAGGAAGCAAAUGAGCAGAUUUAUGACAUAUAUCUUCUACCACCGGGUGAAGAUCCAGAAACUUGCCAAUCUUAUUUAAGGAUGCGGAAUAAGGAGGGGAAGUACUGUCUAAUGUUUGAGGAAUCGGUGACGGAUAGUCCAUUUGUCAUUUCACCAAGAAUAACUUUUGAGGUUAGUGUGCGGCUCCUUGGUGGCCUGAUGGCCCUGGGAUACACAAUAGCUACCAUUCUAAAAAGAAACAGCCAUGUAUUCUCUGAUGAUAGGGUGUCUGUGAAACUAGAUUGGCUUGAGCAACUUAAUCGACAAUAUGUUCAGGUGCAAGGAAAAGAUCGCUCAAUUGUCAAAUGCAUUGCCCAGCAGCUCGGCAUGGAGGGUUCCUAUAUAGCUCGUACGUACAUUGAACAAAUACAACUGGAAAAGAUUGUAGAUGAGGUUAUGGCCCUUCCAGAUGAUUUAAAAACAAAUCUUGGCCUUGAUGAGGAUAUGGUGUCUAGCCCCAAAGAAGCACUUUCUAAAGCCUUUGCGGAUAGGAUUCCUGCAAAAAAAACGCACAUGAGUGGUAUGUCCCAUUCGUAUACAAGCCAAAGGGACAAAAAUCUACUCAAACAUACUCGAUAUGGUGCCAGCAACAAAGGGUUCGGUGAAAGAAAUCCAGAUUCCUCCAUAGCGCUAACAAAUGAGCUUUCAGAACAAAUUUCUUCCCUCAACGAUAGAAUGGAUGAGUUUACAAGUCGUAUUGAAGAGCUGAAUUCCAAGUUAAAUAAAAAUUCUCCAAGCCAACAAACCGCCACACUCCAAGCUGAAGUCUGCAAUGGUUCUGCUCCCACCUCUCACUUCAUAACUCGUUUGGAAAGUGGUUCUCUAGCUGGAUCUAUUAUGAAGUCCUCAUCUUCAUUGCAAUUAGCUAAGGAGUCACCUUUAACGGAUGAGAUAUUGGGUAUUGCAAAAGGGCAGCGCCAUAUCAUGCAGAAAGUAGACAACCUCAAUAGCCUUCUCCUUGGAAUUGGAAACAUGGGAGCAAGGUCUCACCAAGCAAGAGCCAACAGGACAAGCAUGGCUUCUUCUGCAUCAGAAUCUACUUCAGUCCGUGCCCUGCUUGCUAUCACUUUUGGUUGUGUUGGGUUAUUCAUGGUGAAGGGCUUGAUGUCUAGAACUUGAUUCUUCUACACAUUCUCAAGCUCCUGCUAUUACUAUUACUGCUAUUAUUACUAAGAUAUAUAUGGUUGUAUGGCAAAAUCUUCUGCUUGGUCAGAAUGGUGAGGUUGAAGCAUUGGUAGUACAAAGAUGAGGAUGGAAGGAGUAUGAGCUUUGAGGGGACGAUGAGGGUUUUAUGUCCACUGGAAAUUUUGUUGAUUCCAUGGGACUUUUCUAAAUUUUAGUUUAUAACAUUCCCACUGUCUAAUAGAAAAGAAAAUAGAAUUUUGUUUUACUUUAAAUGAUAUGUUCUUGUGUG